AAGCACGUUUCAUGAUGACACAAUCUUGCUGUAGUCAUUCAGCGAAGGGAACUCCCACAGGAGAAGGCAUAAAGCCGCUCAGGGAAGGCUAAGGAGCUGCUCAGUGCGAGUCAGUCAAACAUUGGGUGAGAUCCGUAACGGAGCCGAACAUGAGUACCAGCCAAGGCCCUUUCCAGUUUUAUUCUGGGUCCCUCAGGGGUAGUGCAGGGUGUGGUUUGGCCCAGCAAGGAACUGCUUACCGACCUCCAAGUGCAGACGGUGCCAGCGGCACACACACCUCUUUCUCCCCCGCCAGACCCCUCUGUCUGGCCGCCGGAGGAGGGGCAUCCUGGGGAUGCUUCGGCGAGCACCACUGGGAAAGCAUCUUCCUGGGUGGGAAUGAGAAACAGACUAUGCAAAACCUGAAUGACCGUUUGGCUGCCUACCUGGACAAGGUCCGCUCCUUAGAAGCAGCCAACGCUCAGCUCGAAAGCUGCAUCCUAGAGUGGCACAGGACAAAGUCCCAUGGAAAGAGACAUGACUUCAACCAGUACGAGCAAAACGUCACUGACAUGCAAAGACAGAUUGAGGACGGGAAGAUCACCAACGCCAGCAUCCUCCUGCAGAUCGACAACGCUAACAUGGCAUCUGAAGACUUCAGGCUCAAGUAUGAAGCAGAGAAGACCCGGAGGCAGGGAGUGCAGUGCGAUGUUGAGAACCUGCGUAAGGAACUCGAUGGCCUCACCAUUAUUACAACAGAUCUGGAAAUGGAAAUUGAAGGCUUGAGAGAAGAACACAUCCUCAGGAGGAAAGACCAUGAGGAGGACAUGGAAGCAAAUCGCUCAUCACAGGACUUCAAAGUCAAUGUGAAAGUAAACGCGCCGCCUCCUGAAGACCUGGCCAAGAUUCUGGCAGAAAUAAGGGAAGAUUAUGAAGCCAUAAUAGAAAAGAAUCGUCAGAGCCUUGACAGUUGGUACAAAGAACUGAGCACAGCUGUGUCCCUGGCAGCAGCCCCCAAUCCAGAACAGAUACAGAGCAGUGAGAACGAGAUCAAGGACCUAACACGGACCUUACAGUCCCUGGACAUCGAGCUGCAGGCGCAGCUGAGUAAGAAACACAUGCUGGAGGACACCUUGGCUGACACUCGCCAUCACUACGCUGUCGCACUUCAAAACAUGCAGCAGAUCAUCUCCAAAUGUGAGGAAGAGCUAAGCCAGCUUCGCCAUGACAUCAGGCAGCAACACAACCAAUACAGGGUUCUGCUCGGGAUUAAAACACGCCUGGAGAAGGAAAUCUCCACCUACCGCCUGCUGCUGGAAGGGAAUGUGGACAGGAUAACAAGAAGAUGUGAAUCAAAAGCUGAAGAAUAUGCUGAACUGACCAAUGGAAAGAUCAAAGCGAUUGUGCAUGACAGCGUGAAUGGGCAGCUGAUGUCCUCCACCACCAACCAGAUCCACCAGCAAGAGUGAAGGAAAACGUUCUGCUAGCUCCUCUGCUCCUGGUGGGCUGCUGUGCUGCCUCUGCUGGCUCUGCAACUGCCAGCUGUGUGCUGGUCCUCGGUGCGACGCUCCUGCAGCCAUCUGCAGCCCAACAUUGCAAAGCGCCACGCAGAGCUAGGCAGAGCUGAUGCUGUUAAAGAGCUUUUAGUCAUCAAAACGCUGGAGCCAAACUAUUCAAUCAAGAUGACUGUCUGGGCUGGUAAUGUAUGUAUUAUGCACGCCUCACUGGGGCACGAAUCUCCAUCUGUGGUUCAUUUACUGCUCUGAAAAUUAACUAUAAUUUAAAGUGAAUAAUCUCUGACUUCUUCUCCUGGUCUCAUGUCUCUUACAUAUACCUCACUGCUGCCAAUAAACUCUUUUCCUUUACUCGUACUGGUUAUUGGAAUUUCUGAUUUUGCUUAUUCUUAAACAUGCCCCUGCCCAAAAUGGCAGGGCUACAGAAAGAGGCCAAAGAGCUCCUCACUGAUGGAGCAGCAUGAAGCUGGAAGGGUGCAGAUAGAAAAAGAGGUGGUGCAAGUUACACGUGACAUUUAUAUGCAAAACUGUCAGAUUUUCUUCUAUACAGCUUCUGGUUGCUGCCAUUGAAAGCAGCAUUAUCAGCAGCGUUGAAAAGUACACUUUACAUCCUCAAAACAUUUAUUUAUUCUUCAGUUUUAGAGAAAUUUCCUUCAGUUAUCUUUACACAUUUUCCUUCCAAGACUGUAAGUAAUUCCCCAUACACUCCCAUACAUUCUCAGUGACCUAUUUAAUUCAAAACUCCACUUCAGCAAUUUGCUUUCUUAUUGAUGCUCACUGUUUUGGUUGAUGGAUCAGGACGGCUGCUGUAUGCAGUGCAUAGCAAGGUGUGUGCGCAGGAAGGCAGAGACCCGCGCUGCUCAGCCAAACCCAGGCUCCAUCCCCUUCCUCAGACCAGCCCAGCCCCAGCUCAGACCCCAGCAGCAACAUGAAAGUUUCCAGAGAUACACAACACUAAAAGCUAAGCAUGAGAAACAGCAGUGUUAUUAGGGCAGUAGACAGUGAAACCCGGAAAGCAGAACAAAGAGAGACAAAGUGGAGCACCAAGAGUGUCUGUGGAUUUGCAUUCCAAAGUCAGCAUCUACACAUAAAACAGUUUGUUCUGGGCAGUCUCAUAUUCAUGAGUGAAAUUGUCACAGUACUCUUUCAUAUCUCCUCAUGACGGAUUUUCGUGCAGGAUCUUAUUACCAGCUUUCCUUUGAAACAUGGCUCACAAAAGAAAAUUUCAAAGACAAUGCAGAUCUAAAAUAAACCAAGUCCACCUCUACAACACCACGAGUUCUUACCAGCAAGUUACGACCAGUCCAUGAUCCCCCCCUGCCCCCUCCCCCAACUCUCCACCCUUGUUGCACAAAGAUCCCAAAAGCAUCGAAUGGAUUACCUAAUGGUUUCUUUAAAUUGGGUAAAACUUGUAAUACAGGACUGGUAACUCUUGGCUAACUAACAAUGUCCUUCCUUACGGCUUACCAGAUCCAGCAAGCCAGAUCUGGUGUUCAUAGCAGCUGGACAAAAUGUGCCUGGGUGCUCCUGAACAGUUUCCUGUAUUACUUAAAGCUGUACGUAUUUAUCAAAUUCACAAAGCACGUUGGCAUUCUUGUGAUACAGGUUCUUAUUAAAACUUCUAACCAGUCCCAAACUUGUAAGCCAAAGGAGAGGAUCUGUUUUGCACUUGUUUUGAUUGUGCUAAGCUGUGAAGAAAGAAAACUGAACAGCUGUAGAACGAGCAAUAGAGAACAAGCCUGUCCUUCUUUCACACCUUUGCGCAGCACAUUGGCUUUGCUGUGCCCAGCGUCCCACGCAGCACGGAGGUGCACUGCUGGUGUCCCUGCACUGCCCUCCUCGUGUCCCUGCACUGCUCUCAGCUCGGCACAGCAGCGCUGAGGUGCAAAGCAGAGCUGCUCCACUCCCCUGCUCACAGCUGUGUCCCUGCCGCAGCGCUCAGCCCAGCACAGCUCCUCACUGACCUCAGUUCAAUUUACCAACGUCAUCACACAUCCAUGCUCUAAUAUAUCCAUGCCGGCUGCUUUUAAUAACUGAAUUAAACCAAUUAGUCCUUAAACAUAUACAUAUUAGUUACACUGUACUCUGCUUGCUAAAUGAAAGCAGUUAUUCUAUGGCAAAAAAAGCUUAUUCCUAGGCAUUUCUCCUGACUUCAGAAUAGGAUGUGUCACUGAUGAUUCCUUUUACUGGGACAGCUAACGAUGCUGUGUCACUGGCCUUAUGGUACCCUGCAUCUGCAGGUCAUUCAUUAUUACUUCUGAAGUUUUGUUCUUUACUCUCAAUAACAAAUCAUGAUAUUAGCAUCUACCACUUCUACAUAUGGUCAGCAUCAUAUUCUCACAACACACUGAGAAAUGAAGUUAGGGAGAUAACGGGUGGGAAUGGCACAAGCAUUCCCUUUCUUACUGCUUAAGAAACUGGUAAA